CAUUUUCCCAAAUUUAAACUUGAACAAAUUAGGUUUUGAUUUUUUGAUUUUUUUGAUUUUUUUCCUUUUUGUCCUUGUCUUUUGUCGCUCGGGCCGGUUUCGAAAUUCUACGAUACAUAUCAUUACUCUCUCCACGAUAAUAUGUAUAAUAAUCAUGGCUCGCGCAUAAGGUACCACGCGAUCUAACAGUUUUGAAGUCUGAUCUCGCUUAUUAACGCUUUUUUUCUAACCCAGGUUUUGUCUUUCUUUUGCCGAGGUUUCUCUAAUUUUUUUUCAGCUCCGGUUACGAGGUUAUUAAUCAAUCAUGAACUUCGUGGGCUUUUUUGCGGGUGCUUUUUCCUGUUUUCCAAGGGGGUUGUUCGCGUUUCAUAUAUGAUCCUGCCAAGAGAGGGUUCUCAACUGUGCUGGAAUACCGGUACGGUACCGGCCGGUACAGUACCGGUAGGCAUGAUUGAUUGAUUGAUGGGGAUGGGAUGACUAACCAUGCAGUUACCGGUAGUGUACUAACGAAUUUCAAAAGUAUUCGGACACCUUGGCGCCAAGAGAAAGUGUGGUGCCAAGACUUUUGAGUAAAUAGGCUGAAUUCAUCACAAGUUGACGAACACAUGUAUGACAACAAACAUUCUUAUCUAAUGAUGAGUCUGAGUAGCUUCCUAGAGUCAUGGCUAAACACAUUGAACAGCAGGGUGGAAACAAGUUCCAUGGCUAAAUGGAUGAAAAGCCGGACAGAAGCAAAUUCUAUAGCUAGUUAUUUUGUUGGAUAUACCGGAUUUUGGAUUGCACUAAGUACCUGUGGCCUUGGCGCCAAGGUGUCCGAAUACUUUUGAAAUUUGUUAGUACUCGUACAGUAGGCUGGGUAUCGUACUCGUACUCUACAUCGCGGACGCCGGACGGGACAGGAUGAGAGGAUAGUCCAUGGUAAACGUGCCCACCCAACUUACCCCGGCCGGGGAAAGGCGGGGGUGGAAGGAAGGAAGGAAGGAAGGAAGGAAUCAAAGGCUCGGCGGUGACUUUAGGCUAUGACAUAAUGAUGCUCGGACGACUGGUGAGAUGUGACGUCAUUGCUCGACUUGACUUUUGUAUUUUAAGGGUAGGGUUUUUUUGGGGGGCCUUUGUUCAAAUCUCCCAUAGAAGGGAGAGAAGAAGAAGAAGAAGGCUGUCCCUAUCUUUCACUUCCUUUCCUCUCUCCCUCCGAACCAAUCUAUCAUACCUUUUUCAUUUAUCCAACACAUCUGAAAAAAGCACCGUAUAUUAUUAUUACCCUUCAUUACUCCGUCUCAUCAUAGCUAUAUCACGACUCGACAUGUCCACACUCUUCCGAUCGUCCGGAAUUCUGGAGCGGGCGGUUGUUUCUUCUGCACGACCGACUGCAGCGGUGGUUGGCAGUGGUGGUAGCAACAGUAGCAGUAGUAGUAAGGGUGGAAGGUUCAUGGGGACAUCGGCGAGGCAUGAUAACGAUCCUGAGGUUUGCUACCCUUCCAUCCUUCCAUCCUUCCUCCACCAUUCUAAUUUGCAAUAUUAGGUCCUCGAAAGGAACAAACAAAGCAUCCUACGAAAGCACGCAAAGGGCUCAACCGAGCACCCGCACUGGCACGAGGAACUCGCUACCGAUUCUGAGGCUUUUGUAUGUUCCCCCACCACCAUCAUGCAUGCAGGGAGGGAGGGGGGGGGUGGUGAGAGAGGUAGCGAUGGGCGAUCAGUAACAGUGUGGGGCAUAUAAAUAAAUACAGGUCAAAGCCUACCGUGGAGAGACCGAGGCUUCGGAAGGCGAGAUAGAAAAGUUGCAGCAGGCGGCCAACAAGGUUCUUGAUGCUAAGAACAAUGUGAAGGGCUAGAGGCGGAGGGGAGGAAAGCAAGUGCCGUAUCGUAUGCGAAAAGGAAGGAAAGGGCGGUGUGAGAUAUCAUACUCGAUAUGUAUAAUGUGCAGUUGCAGGCGUAGGAUCGAGUGAGAAAUGCAUAAAAGUUCGGGAACUGGUGUAUAGUCUAUACCGCAUACCGGUUAUCGUGAUUGGAUUAGAAUGCACACGAUAAUGUCACACUGCAUUUUCAUUUUUUCAUUUUAUAUCACGGGAGCCUGAGUACCGUACCGUACCGUAUUCCACCAUACUCGUAGAGCACAUGUCUGUACUCGUACAGUACCGUAUUAGACUAGCUUUCGAUCAGGAAGGAAGGCGAUAAACAAUGAAUGAAUGAAUAAACACAUAAAUAGACCAAUCGAAAAGUCACCACGCCGACAGACUACCCCGUACAUUUAUAUCCAUUACAUCUACCGUAUCCGGGGAAAAAAGAAAAAAAAACAUGGCAUGGCGAAUCCCCUCCCUCCAACCAACCAACCUCAAACCUCACGACACAUGCACAAAAAAAAAAUGCACCCCGCAAAAGCAUAAUCCAACCUAAUCGCUACAAUUAGCAUAGAGCACUGUAAAAAUAAAAAUAAAAAGAUUAAAUAAAUAAUAAUAAUACCAUAUAUUAGUACUAUCGGUAGUCCUUCCAAAACAUAAUAUGUAUGAUACUGCACUCGUACAGUAAUUCUCAUUCACGCACUGGCCAUCGCACCAACCUCAACCUCAACCUCAACCUUAACUUAUGAUACUACAAACGGACAAACAGAACAGACAAGCAAGUAAGUAAGCGAAAACCGCAACAAUUCAAAUCAAGCCGGCCAGCCUCAUCCACCUUGGCCGAAUGCGCACCUCACCUUAAUAAUCUAAUGAACAAACAAGCAAAGCAGGACAAAACGCCUACCGGUACCGUAGGAGUUACCACCCUCCAUACAGAUCGUACAACCAAUAAGGGCGCGUCUGGUUGCCACCUCAAACCUUCAUUUUGACCCCGGUUAUGAAGGUUUGUCACAAAAUGCUAUUUUGCUUUUGAGUGGCAUGUCUGGUCGACACCAAAACACAAUAUUCAAAACGCAAUAAUGAUGUCAAAAUGAAGGUUUCUGAAAUACUGGUCCGACCAGUAUUUCACAAACUCUCAUUUUGGAGUGGUGCGCAUUGGCUACAAUAAUCCACUCCCACUACCAAUAGUGGAGUAAAAAAAAUUAAAAAAUAAGUAUUGAAAUACAGGUGGCAAUGUCUUUCACACAUUAAUUAUUCUGAUUUUUUUGAGUGACCUUUUUGGAAUUGAUUUUUCAGGCGACCAGACACACCUCUGGGAGUGUGAAGACUCCCAAUUAUAACAACUUGCGAUUAUUUCAGUUGCAGCCUGCAAAUCAGGUUUUGUGAUUAUCAAGGUUUGAAAAACUCGGGACGACCAGACGCGCCCUAAGUUAAUAACACCGUCACCAAAGAAAAAAAACUACAAUCACGAAAAAUCACUCGAAAUAUUACCACAUGUUGCACACACGGGCGCACGCAU